CCGCCCCGCGCGUGCGCCUUGGGAGCCGCUCACGGUCCCGCCCCGGCGGGUCCCAGGCGCGGCGGCCGGAGGGGAGGUCUCUUCCAGGGACUCCUCCCGGUCCUCGUGUCCACAAGAUGUUGGGGUUUUUGCAGCGCCCCAUCGUGGUGACCGCGGAUGUCAACCUGAACGUCGUGGCUCUGACCGCCGCGGGGCUGCUGAGCCGGUUGUGGCGCCUCGCCUACCCCCGCGCCGUGGUGUUCGAUGAAGUAUAUUAUGGGCAGUACCUCUCUUUCUACAUGAAGCGGGUCUUCUUUUUGGAUGGCAGUGGACCGCCCUUUGGCCACAUGCUGCUGGCCUUGGGAGGUUAUUUGGGAGGAUUUGACGGCAACUUCCUGUGGAACAGGAUUGGAGCAGAAUAUAGCAGCAACGUGCCCGUGUGGUCCCUGCGCCUGCUGCCGGCCCUCGCGGGCGCUCUGUCGGUGCCAAUGGCCUACCAGAUCCUGUGGGAGCUCCGCUUUUCUCACUGUGCCGCCAUGGGAGCCGCCCUGCUGAUGCUCAUCGAGAACGCGCUGGUCACGCAGGCCAGGCUCAUGCUCUUGGAGUCACUGCUCAUCUUCUUCAAUCUGCUGGCCGUGCUGUCCUACCUGAAGUUCUCCAACGCCCAGCACAGGCCCUUCUCCCCUGGCUGGUGGCUGUGGCUGACGCUGACCGGAGUGGCCUGCUCCUGUGCCGUCGGCAUCAAGUACAUGGGCGUGUUCACUUACCUGCUGGUGCUCGCAGUGGCCGCCGUCCACACCUGGCAGCUGGUUGGAGACCGGGCUCUGUCACACGUCUGUGUGCUGGGCCAUGUGGUGGCCCGCGCGGUGGCGCUGCUGGUCAUCCCGGCCGCGACGUACCUGCUGUUCUUCUACGUCCACCUGACGCUGCUCUGCCGCUCGGGGCCCCAUGACCAGAUCAUGUCCAGCGCGUUCCAGGCCAGCCUGGAGGGGGGGCUGGCUCGGAUCACACAGGGCCAGCCCCUGGAGGUGGCCUUCGGCUCGCAGGUCACCCUGAAGAGCGCCUCGGGCAAGCCCGUGCCCUGCUGGCUCCACUCGCACCCAAGCACCUACCCGCUGAGCUACGAGGAUGGCCGGGGCAGCUCCCACCAGCAGCAGGUGACCUGUUACCCCUUCAAGGACGUCAACAACUGGUGGAUCGUCAAGGACCCCGGGAGGCACCAGCUGGAGGUGAGCAGCCCACCGAGGCCCGUGCGGCACGGGGACGUGGUGCAGCUGGUGCACGGCAUGACCAGCCGCCGCCUCAACACGCAUGACGUGGCAGCCCCCCUGAACCCCCACGCACAGGAGGUGUCCUGCUACAUCGACUACAACAUCUCCAUGCCCGCCCAGAGCCUCUGGAGGCUGGACAUCGUGAACCGCGAGUCGGACGCUGAGAUCUGGAAGACCAUCCUGUCGGAGGUGCGCCUCGUGCACGUGAACACGUCCGCCGUCCUGAAGCUGAGCGGGGCCCACCUCCCCGACUGGGGCUUCCGGCAGCUCGAGGUGGUGGGGGAGAAGCUGUCUCGGGGCUCCCAUGAGAGCACCGUGUGGACCGUGGAGGAGCACCGCUACGGCCGGAGCCAGGAGCAGAAGGAGAGGGAGCUGGAGCUGCACUCACCGACCCAUGCGGACAUCAGCAGGAACCUGAGCUUCAUGGCCAGAUUCUCAGAGCUGCAGUGGAGAAUGCUGACCGUGCGGAGUGAUGACUCGGAGCAUAAGUACAGCUCCACGCCGCUGGACUGGGUCACCCUGGACACCAGCAUCGCCUACUGGCUGCACCCCAGGACCAGCGCUCAGAUCCACCUGCUGGGGAACGUGGUGAUCUGGGCUUCCGCCGGCCUCGCCACUGCGCUGUACGCCCUGCUCUUCUGCUGGUACCUGCUCCGCCGCCGGAGGCGUGUCUGUGAGCUCCCCGAGGAUUCCUGGCUGCGCUGGGUGCUGGCCGGGGCCCUGUGUGCCGGCGGCUGGGCGGCGAACUACCUCCCGUUCUUCCUGAUGGAGAAGACUCUCUUCCUGUACCACUACCUGCCCGCACUCACCUUCCAGAUCCUGCUGCUGCCCGUGGUCCUGCAGCACAUCAGCGAGCACCUGUGCAGGUCCCAGCUCCACAGGAGCCUGUUCGGUGCCCUGGUGGUGGCGUGGUACUCCGCUGCCUGCUACGUGUUCAAUGUGCUGCGCCCCCUGACCUACGGGGACACAUCACUGUCACCCAGCGACCUCCAGGCCCUUCACUGGAAAGAGAGCUGGGACAUCCUGAUCCGCAAACACUAGCAGACCCGGCACGAGACAUCCGGUCGGGACCGGGACUCGCUCAGGGAGCUGGCCAGCCUGGCAGGCGCUCCUCUGGUUUCCUUCCCCUGAAGCACUUCGCUGUACUCGGGCGAUAAAGAACACGCUGUGCCCACGAAACCCAGAGCCUACACGGACACGUGUGUGGAGUGGCUUGUGUGGGACUCGGCGAUGGAGGAGAGAUGGCAGGGAGUGCGAGUGAUGCGUUAGGGUCAGACCAGACGGGCCAGCUUGGUCCUCCCUCCCAAGCUAGAGCCCUGAGGCCGGUCGGGGCCACAGUCCCCGAGUGAAGAUGGUAACCGUGCCAACCCUCUUGCUGACUGCAAACCGCGAGGCUGAUGAGGAGCAGACAGUCAAGGUGUGUUAUCUGUUCCUUGUCCUGAACUCGCUUUUUUGUGAAUUAAAAAGGGACCACUGCCCUUGCCAGCUUGGUUCAGUGGACAGAGUGCCAGCUUUCGGACUGAAAGUCCCAGGUUCAAGUCUGACCAAGGGCAUAUGCCCGGGUUGUGGGCUCAAUCCCCAGUAGGGGGCGUGCAGGAGGCUGCCAAUCAAUGAUUCUCAUCAUUGAUGUUUAUCCUCCUUCUCCGAAGUCAAUAAAGAAAUAGAUUUUUAAAAAAUAAUAAAAAGGGACCACUGGUGUUCAUAUUGGUUAUUUAUUGAUUCUCUCCCCAAAGGUCACGACAUGUGUGACAAAACUGUCGCAGUCACCAGCAGCUGGCCACGGCUUGGCCCAUGUCAGGAGUUGUGUGACCAGCUACUACUCCAUAGAAAGAACCCAGAAUGCCUCGCAGGUUAGCAGUGAUGGGGCAGGACCCUUUAACACGUGGCCACCACACGGGGAGGGAGGUGGGCUGGCUUUGGGCCAUGGCACUCACUCCCGCCUCAGGGUCCAGCACACUCCUUGGGGCAGCACCCAGGCUCAGGGUCCCUGGUGGACACUCCCCAGUAGGGGCUGGGCGAGUAGACAUCCCUGCUUCCUGCUGGUGCUGGUUAAAACAUACCUGCACCCCAGGCUCCCUCCUGCCCUGCCCUGGAGCCCAGGCUAGGAGAAAGGAGGCACCCCGGUCCUCACAUCAGCCAGUGCGUCCCAGGCUGGACCAACACCCACUGUGGGUCAUGAAACUGGGUUACUAGCUCACACUACACGGUGUUAGGAGACACAA